CUGUUUACUCACACCAUACUUUCCUUUUUACUUUCAGUUUUUUUCGCUGAUAAAAGUAGCGGAAUCUGGGUAAGUGCCCCAGAUGACUCAGCAUUCAAGAUCAAAUCAAAAGGAAAGGAAGGAAACCGAGAGGCAGUAGGCGUUUUUCCAGGAGCGAACGCAACGAUAGAGGAAUCAGAAUCAAUUAAACCGGUUGUGCUCAUCACAAGACCGCCCUCCACUGGUGAAUUCAGCAAGGGAGAUCUCGUGUAUGCCGAUCCCAAAGAGCGACACCCUUUUCUAUGUUCUAGAGGAGCUGCGUACUUUGAAUCAGGGAUAGAACAGUUGGCUUCGAGUGCAAAACAACUUGGGUUCAGCACAACGAUGGCAAAAGACAGAAAUGGCGACGACAGGCCAUUUCUUGUUUUCGAUAACGUUUUUGCAGUGGAAGCAACGAAGUUUGGGGCAGAUUACAAGAGCUUUGACCAUAUUUGCGAUGUAAGACUCGCUUUCGCCCUGAUUGCUCUUCUGUGGACCUCUGCAAGAAAAAUAAGGAUGAACCCCCGUUUAUCCAUGUGCCACGACAUCUCCGUUUUAGAAUUACACACUUCCCAACGAUUCUGCCAGUAUGAUUGA